AUGCGCCUUCUCAACUGCUCUACUCUCCAUCUUGAGACCUUUGUGGACUCGGCCGUCCCACCCUACGCCAUCCUCUCACACAGGUGGCAGGAUGGCGAAGUCCUCUUCGAAGACAUCGCGAGUGGGCAGGCGUCGGAGAAGUUGGGCUACAAGAAAAUUGAAGAAACUUGUCUGCAGGCGUCGCGCGACGGCUUUGCCUACGUCUGGGUGGACACCUGCUGCAUCGACAAAAGCAGCAGCGCCGAGCUUUCCGAGGCUAUCAACUCCAUGUACAGAUGGUACAACCAGGCCGCCGUUUGCUACGUAUACCUGUUCGACGUGCCUGAUGGGAUUGAUCCAGAGCAAGAUGCUGUGUUCGCCCAGAGCGAAUGGUUUCGGAGAGGAUGGACGCUGCAAGAGCUGGUUGCCCCCGCACACUUGGAGUUUUUCUCGCAAGGCUGGAUAUGCCUCGGCGCUAAAUCAACCUUGACUACUGUUCUUUCUCGGGCGACAGGGAUCGAUGUGCAUGUGCUUACCGGCAGAACGCACUUGGGGUCUGUGAGCGUGGCCAAGAGGAUGUCUUGGGCGGCGAAACGACGGACAACGAGGUUGGAAGACCAGGCUUAUUGCCUCAUGGGCCUGUUCGACGUCAACAUGCCGAUGAUAUACGGAGAGGGGAGCAAGGCUUUCAUCAGGUUGCAAGAAGAGAUCAUGCGAAACACCGACGACGAGACUCUGUUUGCGUGGAGGGAAAAGGACGCCGCAACCAAUCCGCGAUAUCCAUACGGAUUCAUUGGCAUCUACCUGAGAAGGACGAGCGGAACGCAUGACGUACUGAAGUCUCUGGAUACAAAGCAGAACAUUCCUGUCAGAUCGCAUGAUGUACAGAAGUCUGUGGAUACAGAGCAGUACGUGCGCAUCAGAGCGCACGAAUUUGUCGGAAGAAUGGGCUCUGGUACUAUACCCAGUUCGGAGCAAGGAUAUGAGAAAUACGUAACCUUCGGCGCAUACAGAUGGGAUCUUGGCAAUGGAGUCUACGUUCACUGCCCCUGGAGUCAAAAGACCAACUACCAAUCGCUGUCGAUGUUCUUGAGUGGACCGAAGACUUGA